CCCAGGCAUGCUCUAAGACUGAUAACUCAUUUGAUCAUUCUUCUCCAUUCUUGCCCCUCUGAAGGGGAACUUAAAUGCUCCAUGGAAGUUGGUAACAACAUAACCACAGUCACUACAUCUGUUCUCUUAGGACUGUCCAACAACCCUCAGAUCCAGGCCCUGCUCUUUGUGCUCUUCCUGGGGAUUUACCUUCUGACCCUGAUGGGAAACCUGACGAUGCUACUGGUGAUCAGGGCUGAUUCCCACCUCCACACGUCCAUGUACUUCUUCCUGAGUCACCUCUCCUUUCUGGAUACUUUCUAUUCCUCAAUCAUUGUACCUAAACUUUUAGAGAACCUUCUUUCCAAAUGGAAGACUAUAUCCCCCCUUGAGUGUUUUACUCAGAUCUCCUUGGUCAUAUUUUCUGGGGCCACUGAAGCUUGCCUCCUUUCAGUCAUGGCCUAUGACUGGUUCCAGGCUGUAUGCCACCCACUGUUGUAUGUGGUGGCCAUGAACAGGAAGGUAUGUACUGGCCUGGUGGGAGCAUCCUGGGCCAUAGGAGUGGGGACAGGCCUGGUUAACAGCAUCCUUCUGGAUCAGCAGCAUUUCUGUGGCCCCAAUCUUGUCCAUAGUUUUGCCUGCGAGCUUCCCCCAGUCCUCCUGUUGGCCUGUUCUGACCCUUACAUUAGCAUUGCCUCCAUCCUGACCACCAUGGUGGUCCUGGGCCUUGGCACCCUUGUCCUAUUUCUGGGCUCCUACACCUGUAUCAUCAUGACAGCCCUGGGGAUCAACUCUGUCACGGGUCGGAGGAAGAUCUUUUCCACCUGCUUUUCUCAUUUUCUUGUGGUCACCAUCUUUUAUGGUUCAGGAGUUUUCAGGUAUGUCAUACUAUAUCUCCUAAAUGUAAAUGUAGGGUAUCCCUUGCCCUAAAGUGGCUUUGGUCUGUAGAACUUGGCAUUGCAAAGGAGCAGGAAAAUUACUAUACUGGAAUUCAGAAGGCCUAGGUUCUAGUUCUGGUUC